AUGAAGUGCAUCGGCAUUUUGCCGCCUUACUUCUACUUCUAUAAUAAUAAUAAUAAUAAUUCACGGAUUUAUUCAUCUGGUUCUGUAACGGGUAAUAGUCCUCUGUCAUCUUUAUAUAACUUUUUGUAUUUUUGUGAUUACCGACAGUUUAACAAUAUCAUCAAUGCUAAUGGGCGGUGUCUCGAUUUAGUGAUUUCAGGAUUCCACUGUUUAGUUGAAAAGGCUUCUGAUUCUCUGGUUAAUGAGGAUCUUCAUCACCCAUCCCUUUUGAUCACUAUAAAGCGGCAGAAACCAAGACAGAAAUCCAUAAAUAAUAAUAGAUCUGCUCAUAAACAGUGGAAUUUUCGAAGAGCUGAUUAUCCUGGUUUAUAUAAAUAUUUGACAGAUUCCAAUUGGGAGUUCCUUAAUAACAUUAAUGAUGUCAAUCAGGCUUGCUCUCUUUUUUAUGAUCAGAUUAACAUGGCACUUGAAUUGCAUGUUCCGAAAACCCAUCGCUUACGGAAAUCAUCUUUUCCUCCUUGGUUCACGGCUGCAAUCAUCAGCAAUUUAAAACUUAAAUGGAGGCUGCUUCGUAAUUUCAGAUUAAGGAAAAGUGUGGGAACAUAUAGUCGUUUUAAAAGAGUUAGAUCUGAACUUAAACGGGAUAUAAAAGCUGCUUUUGUCAACUACACAUCUAAUCUUGAAGCUAAAAUCAAGUUUGAACCUCGCAGGUUUUGGUCUUACGUUAAUAAUUUAAAUAGUUCUAAUGCCAUUCCUUCGCAGAUGAUGUACUCUGAUAAGUUAUUAACAAAACCUGUUGACAUCGUUAAUGCCUUUGCAGAACAUUUUUCUAGCAACUAUAAUACUUGUAAUAUUGAUAAUAUUGAUAAUUUUCUUGACGGAGCUUCAAACACAAGUUUCAACUUAACAUCUAUUUCUGAAUCCGAGGUCCUUUGUGCUCUUAAGCAAAUAAAAGCGAAUAAUACAUCGGGUCAUGACAAUAUUCCUGCUUUCUUAUUGUCAGAUUGUGCAGCUGUGUUGGCUUAUCCUCUUUCCAUAUUAUUUAAUCUAAUCUUAAAGACGUGCACUUUCCCUGAUGUAUGGAAAUUGUCCAUAAUUUCUCCCGUAUUUAAAUGUGGCGAACGAACUGCUGUGGAAAAUUACAGACCUAUAUCUUUGAUAUGUAACUUCGCCAAGAUCUUUGAAACGGUGUUGCAUAAAUCUUUCUUUUUCAAUAUUCGCAGUUUAAUUAGUGAUUCUCAGCAUGGAUUUGUCAUUGGCCGGUCUACUGUUACAAAUUUGUGUGCUUUUACGCAGUUUGCAGCUGACCAACUUGAUGCAAAACUUCAGGUUGAUGUAGUUUACACCGAUUAUUCUAAAGCUUUUGACAAACUUAAUCAUAAUAUCCUGUUAGCAAAAUUGUCAAAUUAUCGUUCUUCGUUCCUAGAUCGUCUGCUCGUUCUCACCCCUGUUUUUAUCUGCGAACACCUCGUCUUAAUAUAG